CUACGGGGUAGUAGUUCGAACGGCCAUUGCAGACAAUUUUUCAUAAAGUAUAUAUGACAUAUGAUGAUCCCAUGAAAGGCAAGCUGAUUCUACUCUUGAGGUUUUUAUAUAUUUCAAGUUAUGAAAAGAUACAUUUGAAUGACUAAAUCUAAAUAUUUCAUAUGAGUAAGACAU